UGAAACCAACCUUAAGCUCUUUUUAUCUCCGCCUUAAAGGUAGUCCCAAUUAUUGCUGACUUAAGCAUUGGAGUGUCUACCUCGAGUUCCACCUCGGGGCUUUGUAGGUCAUUCCGGAGUGCAGACGCGAACUAAAGAAGGACUUUUGGUUUGGUGCAAUUACAUUGGCGCCGUCUGUGGGAAUCGAACUGAAAGCUUUCUAGUUGCUCUUUCAUCAUGGUUCACACUCGAUCAGUCCGAGUUGGUAAUUCAUCUCUGCCUCAUGGGCAAGGUCAACCCCCUAACAAUCUUCCACCUCUGAUCCCACCUCAACUUACACCUCAGCUUCCACCACAGGUCCCAAUUAUGUUCCCUCCUGUUGAUCAUGUAGAAGGAGGAGAUGAAAACCAACCUCAUACCUCAGCUCACAAUUCAACUUCCACUGCCAAUCAAGACGUAGUGACAGCUCAGCUUGCUGCCAUGCAACAACAGUUCGGUGUUUUUCAGUUGGUACUGGCUCAGCUUUUAGCUAGAAACAAUCCUGGUGCUCCACCCCCACACCAUGCUGCUAACUCCAUACCUCACCCCCUGAACACCAACAUUAAACUGGAACCCUAUCCUGCUGGCUUUAAAAUACCACAACUGGAGACUUAUGAUAGGACAAAGGAUCCUGAUGAUCAUCUGCAUGCUUUCUACUCUUGCAUGCAAGCUCAGAACGCCUCUAACGCGUUGAUGUGCAAAAUCUUCCCCUCUACUCUCCGAGGUAAUGCUCGAACUUGGUAUUACAGUUUACCUCCGAGGUCAAUUAGCUCUUAUACAGAAAUGGCAUUUGCCUUUGCCACUAAGUUUUCCAGUAGAAGGUUCAAUGAUGCAGUAUUGGAGGUUAGUUCCUUUGAUCAAGCUGUGGGGAUUGCAGCUGUGAUCUCCAGUCUUAAGCAUGACAGGUUCAGAGACAGUUUGAUCAAACAUGCUGCCACCACCUUUAGUGAGGUGAACGAUAGGUCUCUAAAAUUUAUAACCGCUGAGGAAUACGCCCUGAUCAAGAAUAAGAUGGAUUUAAGGCGUCCUGUCCCAAUGAAAACUAUUGCUGUUAGCCGAGAUCAUACCAGAUAUUGUGAUUUUCAUCAAGAUCACGGCCAUACUACAGAGCAGUGUAACAGCUUAAAGUCCGAACUGGAAAGUCUAGCUCAGAGGGGAAUGCUGAAUGAGUAUGUUCAGAGAGCUGCACAGCUACGAUUUGUCAGAGAACAAGGGCCACAGCCUCAAGGAGCCCGGGAUCUGGAAGCAGGUGGACUGAGCUCUAAACAGCGAAAGUUGUAUGUCAAAGAGGUUAAGCAUCAAAACCGAGCUCAGAAACGGAAGUUUGAUGAUGCUGAAUGGAAGAAUCAACCCAUUACUUUCACAUCUGCUGAUCUUGAUAUAGUUAUUACACCCCACAAUGAUCCCUUGGUCACUUCUGUCAUGAUUAAUAACUGUGAAAAAUAUGAUGGUCCUAUUUAUGGUUUCACCAACCAACCUGUUCUGGUAGAAGGAGUUCUUACCCUCCAUGUGGCUUUUGGGAGUGGCCGGACCUAUUUCCCAACUCCUAUGGGAAUAGCAACACUACGAGGAAACCAGGAGGUGGCCAGACAUUGUUAUAUCACCUCGGUAACACAACCAAUGAAGGGCAAAGAUCAGACACCCGAGGCCAUUUCCCAGCGAAUUCUUGAUAAUCAGCAAGUUAUGGGUGUAGAGAUCGUCGAUAAUCGACUGGAAGAUGAAACCAGAGUUGCUCGAGUCGAAGAUGUUGAAGAAGUGCUCAUUGAUGACAGAGAUCCGACCCGAAAGACGCAGAUCGGAACUAAAUUGAACCCGGAGGAAAGAACAGAACUAAUAGCUUUUCUCCGAGCUAACAAUGAUGUGUUCGCAUGGACUUCGGCAGACAUGCCAGGAAUUCCAAACUCAAUAUCCCAACACAACCGAACACCACCAGCCUUCACUGACACUUACUUCUCUCGGAAAUUGAAAAGCCGUCGGAUCUGCUCUGCUUCUCCCUUCCCUGCUGCUGGCUGUUGCUGGGAAAUUAGUGGGUUUGGUUGUUGUGUGAUGUCCGAGAGAAAAAGGGGAGAAUCCCGUGAAUUGGCCAUUUUCUGUCAAGGCCGGUUCUCCCAAAUUCCUGUCCAUUAGUUUGAGAAAUUGUAUAUCUGUAAUUGUGUAAUUGUGUAAUUGUGUAUACAUAGAUAUUAAUUGGGAACAUUGUGAUUAGGUCCUUGAUUGUCUUGUGGCCUUAGCACUGGGAUUAGGCCUUCUGUCCUGUGUAAUUAAGGUAAGUAAAUUAUGGUAAAGCCCGUAAAUUUUUGAAGCAUAUUUUAAUUGUUUUCUGAGAUGGUGGCGAGGUUUAAAUGGAUUUAUUUUCAUUUGAGCAUGAUUAAAAAGGGAAUUUGAACUUUUAUUAUUUUCCUUCUUUUCUAGAAUUGAGCAUGCCCACAUGAGAUUCUUCGGUUUAUUUUUUGAAAGUGAGAACGAUCGUGAAUCGUGGUUUCUGUAAAUCUUGCUUGGUUUUGUCUCCGAUAUGGUCGUGUAAUCGUGACCUCGCUAGUGGGGGAGGUUACAAACGCUAGCACAUGUCGACAUGUUCGUGAUAGAACCGGUUCGCUCGUGGCCCUACUAGUGGGGAUUAUACACUAGUACUCGUGUGCCUGCCAGUGGGAGGUUUAUAACACUGGCCAUGACUAAUAGAGGAGACCACUACGUGAUUUUACUUGCAUUAAUGAUUUGUUAUUGAAACGCUUUGUUCAUGUUUCAACCGAUUAUUUGGCAUGCUUUAAACUUUGAUGUCGGACCCCCAUGUUUACUUACUGAGAUAUUUCUAUCUCACGGUUUCCUUAUCCACCAUUUCAGGUAGUGAGACCCGACGUGUGGGAAGCUCGGGGGAGUGACGAGCUAGACAGCUAGGCACUUUUGGACUUAGGUUUUUGUAGCUAAGCCGUUAGUCACCCAUGCUUGACAUAGAAAAUUUUGUGUACGUAAUUUAGUGUUAGUCAUGAUUGUAUAUAUGAAGUGAUAAAUUUUGUACAUUUGA